UCCUGUCCUGUGCUCGGAGCGCCUGCCACGACGGCGAGUGCAUCCCUCGCCUGUGUGCCCGAGGUCACCGGCAAAGUUCACCUGCAACUGGGAGGCGCCCCUGCGUCCCCCUGCCCGGCUCAGUCGAUGGAGAAGGGUCCGGUGCGUGCCCCGGCGGAGAUGCCGCGGGGUGCCCGGUGUAGUAAUGGGUUUCCCGAGCGGGAGUCGCCGCGGCCAGGAGCCAGCCGGCCAGCGGACAAGUCCCCGCGGCCCGAGGCCGACGGCUGGAAGGGCGAGCGGCCGCGCCGCGAGGAGGAUAACGAGCUGAGCCUCCCCAACCUGGCGUCCGCCUACGCGUCCAUCCUGCGCUCGCUGGGCGAGGACCCGCAGCGGCAGGGGCUGCUCAAGACGCCCUGGAGGGCGGCCACGGCCAUGCAGUUCUUCACCAAGGGCUACCAGGAGACCAUCUCCGAUGUCCUGAACGAUGCUAUCUUUGAUGAAGACCAUGAUGAGAUGGUGAUUGUGAAGGACAUCGAUAUGUUUUCCAUGUGUGAACAUCAUCUGGUUCCAUUUGUUGGAAAGGUUCAUAUCGGUUAUCUUCCUAACAAGCAAGUCCUCGGCCUUAGCAAGCUUGCCAGGAUUGUGGAAAUCUACAGUCGAAGACUGCAAGUUCAAGAACGCCUUACCAAACAGAUUGCCGUGGCCAUCACGGAAGCUCUGCACCCUGCUGGAGUUGGGGUCGUGGUUGAAGCAACAAAGCCAAAUAAAAUAAUUAACAAAGGGGUGAGUCCUCUACUUUGUUCUUGCCACCUUUUAGUGGCAACACUAAAGAGAAUGGCCAAUCAUGUAAAUCAUAUGCACAAAACCGUUCAGAGAGACGAUGGGAGGGGGCCGGGGAAGAGGGUGUGUUUGUGUGUUGUGUUGAUAGUGCUGGUGUGGGCAGAACUCUGAGGGCUCUGCUGCUGUUUCACCCUUGGAUAAAAACUGUGCUGCCGGGAGUGCCAAAGGAAUCUGGCACAGUGUGCGGCGCUGUGCUGUGGAUUCAGAGUCUAAAGGUGAUUCUACUGGUUGAGCCACCAGGGACAUUUUUCAUUUUUGUAUGUUUUUUUUUUUUUAAUUUAACCUGUCCAGUUGUAAUUCUAGUUACCCAGGGAAGGUGAUGGUGGUGGAGGAAGACCCAUGUGUUUGAUUUUACUGUGAGUUUGAAAGAAAAAAAAGGGAACAUGUCCACCUUCUUUCUCUGUAAAUGCGGGUACGGGGAUUUUGUACCUGGCAUUGCUUAUGAGGCGCGAUCUUGGGUCAACAUACAGGGAUUCAGACGUUGAAUUCUCUGUGCCUUUGAGACUGUCACACCAUGGGAAGUGUAGAUGCUAAUGCCUUUUUUGUAUGAAAAGCCAUUCUUUUAUAAGCCUUAGUCUUGCCCCUGCCAAGAGCUGGUCUUUGUCAUUUCACCUCUAUGUGUCUCCCGCGAGCUUCUUUCAAGUUCCAUGUAGAGUGCCUCAAAGUGUUUAACUUUUGAUCUUAGGAAAUGUUUCAGCUGCUUCCUCAGGCUGCCCAUCAUUUUCAGUCUGUGGAAGCUGACACAAGGGCAUAGCGUAGGGACCCGUGCCUACUGCUCUGGCAUUGCCCGAGUCCAGGAACUCGCCCCCACCCCCUUGGCUUCCGCUGUGAUGCACACACACACACACACACACACACGUCACAAGUCUGGAGUGUGAUCUCACGCCGGUGGAGUAGGACUUGAAUCUGGGAAAUCGUUGCCUCAUUCAUGAUUAUCGGAAAGUUUCUUCUUCAGGGCAGCGUGAACCAAAUUAAAAGCCAGAACCCCAGCAUCUCCGCAGAAACGUAAACAUGAUAGUCCACAAGGAAGUCUCUUAUGUGAGUGAUUCCAUGCCCCUCCAAUUAUCUCAUUUCCUUCAAAUGAAUCAGUUGCUUUGUUGGUUUACUCUAGGUAGUUCUACCUGCCCAUUUCAUACCGUUUAGCUCCUGAUGGAACAAGGUGGCAGAGGUUUUUAUUUUAUUUUAUGUUCUUCCCUACUUCCACCAUGUUCUGGAUUUUUCUACAUUUGGAGUCUCAGUAGUACAGUGGUGAAUUUUGAGUUUCUUUACAAAUCUAAGCUGGUAUGGACAUUAGGCUGCUUAAUGUGUAGACACAGGUAGAUUUCUAAGUGCUCAACUUGUGUUCAGUGUUUUAAAGUAAAAGCAAACAUAACUCGGAGGACCAAAGAAACCAUUAACUGUGAAGUUGUCUUUCUGAGGUUAUUUGUAUCUGUUGUAACGUCUUUGGCAUUGUAUUCCCUAGAAGUGUUGAAAAGGUCUGAUGUCGCUACAGGCGCUUGUCCUGUCGGUUAGUGCAGCAUCUGUUUCACUCUUGUCGAUUGUACUUGACAUUUUCACAUCUGUGGCCUUGAGUCCAUUGGGGGAGUUUUUAAGAAUGUAAAUAACACUGUCCAAAGAAAUUGUGACUAUUUCCUGUGUGUGUCUAUGUAUGUGUGUAUGUAUAUUCCUGAAAUUGUCCAAGUUAAAUUAUUAAAGUCUUGCAACUUUG